AUGAGCAGCUUGAUAUCCAAGAGACCAAAACUUCUUAACACUAGAGCCAAAAAAAAGAACUUUGACUUGUCAUCAGAACAAGAAAAAACUCCUAUCAUAGAAGCAGAAACAGCAAACACGCCAUAUUUACCAAAUAGUAAACCAAGUAAAAACAACAACCAAGGUAAUGAAAACUGGGCCAGUAACAUAGAACAAGAAGAAAACCAGUUGGUAAAGGCAAACAAAAAGCUACUUCUUCUACAAACAAAAACAACAAGUCCAAAAAACCCAUAUAUCUCAGAUAUGGUCACAGAACAAGAUGGACCAAACACUAAUGUACCAAAUCCUAAUCACUCAAAAGAAAACGACUCAAUCAAUACUAUAAAUGAUCAGGAUGUAACUUUUGAGGAAAACACAACCAGUAUCUCUAUUUCAAAAGAUGGUUCAUCUUUAAUAGAAGUGAAUCACAAGAACACAAAUAAUGAAACACCUGCUACAAACCAUGACCAGGACAUAACAAUGGAACUAUUGGACUGUAACAAAGAAAACAAAACUAAAGAGAAAGAAUUUACUUUGGUCACUUCAAAAAAGAAUAACUGA